AAAGUUAAAAGUAGUUUAGUAUAGCUUUAUUUCGUGAAAUCGAAUAAGAAAUCAACUAGAUUUAUGAAAGUGAACCAUCUGCCAAAUGUAGUACAUGCAUACAUAAGUACAACAAUUCCUACAUACCAGUUUAAAAUUUAUAGUUUCGCUUAUUCGUAGCUAUAGUUAGAUCUAUAUAAAUAGUAUAUGAAUUGUGCACGACGGAAUGCGACAGGGAAGUGGUUGUAGCUUGUCAAAAGUCUUCUAGAACUAGUUUAGUUUGUUGAUUAUUUUUGCUUUUCGUUUUGCUUGUGCAUACGUUUGUUUUUUGUUAUUUGUUUUUGUAUCCUAUAAAUACGGCAUGCUGAUCCCGCUAAAACUUACACCAUACAGCAAAACAGCGCAAACCGACGAGGAAAAGCAACGCGAUCGGCAGCGCAACGAACGUGAGGCCAAAAAGGAAGAGCAGGACGCUAUCAAUUAUAAGCGCGACAAGGAGCAGCGUGAGGCGCGUUUGCUGGACUUUGAAAUACGACGGCAGCAAAAGCGUGAGGAGCAGAACCAGCAGCGGCAACAGCAGCAGCAAUUACAGCAGCAGCAUCAGCAACACCAGCAGCAACAACAACAACAGCAACAACAACAGCAGCAGCAGCAGCAGCAGCAACAACAGCAGCAGCAACAAAGCGAAAAGAGUCCACCCACAACAUCGUCGCAUUCACAGCAGCAGCAACAACAGCAGCAGCAGCAGCAACAACAGCAGCAACAACAGCAGCCGCAGCAGCAGCAGCAACAGCAACAACAGCAGCAACAACAGCAGCCGCAGCAACAGCAGCAGCAACCGCAGCGCCAGCAAUUACAGCUGCAACAAGGCGCUGCAACACAGGUCAGCACCAGUGGACGGGCUCACACGCCGGACACACCCAAGUUGCAAACACCACCGGAUCGCUCGCUGCCGCCCGCCUUUCGCAGCCGCUCCAUUGAGCGGGAAAUUCAAUACGAACGCAAACGCUUCUCGGUACAGGAAUCAGCCGAAUUCAAGGAGGCCGUAAGUACGACACCAUCUCCACAAACGCAAACCUUUACCGGAACGCCGCCGACAGCAUACACGGCGGCAUUGGCGGGACCGCCGGCAACAGCGGCAGCUGCAACAGCUGCUAUAAUACCCAUCCUACCGCUCGGCGUUGCGACGCUGCGCGAUGAUUCUACGGAAUCCGAGCAGUCCGUGACAUGUGCCCAAACGCAGCCGGAUGCCUACCAUCGCAUCAUUUGCUCUUCCUGCUCGCUGAGACUACUUGAGUUUUUUGUCCCAGCAUCUGAAAGCAUCUUCAAGUGUUCACAGGUCUUCAUCUUUCCACCAAAUCGAACAUCUUUCUCACACGUGCCGGCAGUAAACGUUUGAAAAGCGAUUUACCUA